AUGGUCAUCACACAGACGCUUGCGGGGCAGAAUUCUGUGUACACCUGGUGUCGUGACCACCGGCUCCAUCAUCGUUACUCCGACACGGAUGCCGACCCUCACAACUCCAAGCGUGGCUUUUUCUUCUGCCACAUCGGUUGGCUCAUGCAUAAGAAGCAUCCCUAUGUCAAAGAAUUUGGAAAGAUGAUCAACAUGAGUGACUUGCAAGGUGAUUGGAUGGUGAUGUUUCAGAAAAAGUAUUACAUAGUAUUAUACCCAAUAUUAGCAAUACUGCUUCCAGUCUGGGUUCCAGUAUAUUACUUUGGUGAAACCUGGUGGAACUCACUAUUCGUGAGUUUCUUUGCUCGCUACGUAUGCCAGUUGCACGGGACGUGGUGUGUCAACAGCCUAGCACACCUCUACGGCACUAGACCGUAUGAUAAGAAUUUGCAACCUGUGGAAUCAUGGUUCGUAUCCUUUUUAAGUCUGGGCGAGGGUUGGCACAACUACCACCACGCGUUCCCCUGGGACUACAAGGCUGCUGAGCUGACCAUGCAUUUCAAUCUAUCCGCCAGUAUCAUUAGAUUCUUUGAAAGGAUUGGAUUGGCUUAUGAAUUAAAAUCUGCUUCUACUGAUAUUGUAGCCAGUCGUGUAUUAAGGACGGGAGACGGCAGUCACUACAAGAUGGGCACUGAAAAAGGACGCGCGGCUGUGACAACGUGGGGUCCACUACACCCUCUCAACCCGACCUAUAACACUACUCUCAAGGCACCAGACGCCAUACUCAAACCUAGAGAACUAACACCAUGCAGUUAA